AUGGAAUGGUCAAAUGACGAAGUAAUAGAGUUUUUGCAACUAUAUGAAGGAUAUCCACAAAUUUGGAACCCACGCCAUCCGAGUCAUAAAAACAGAAACUUAGUUCAUGAUGCGUGGAAGGAGAUAGAAAAUAAAUUAAGUGUCAAAACUGACAUUACAGAAAUAAAAAAAAAAAAGAUUCUCUUAUGGCUACUUAUAGAAAACUAUAAAAGCAAGCAAGGGUACUGGGAGUGGUGCCAAAGACGUUAUUCAGCCCGACUGGCUGCAGUAGCUUCUUCCAUCAACCUUUAA